UGAGAAGAACCCAGCAAAAUGGGGAUCUCCACGGUCAUCUUCCAAAUAUGUCUUUUACUGGGUCCAGUUCUAUCUACAGAAAGAUCAGUGACAGAUUCAACCAUAGAAGCCACUUCUGAAGAGACACAGACACCAGUUUCCCAAUCAGAUCUUCUCACAACACCUGGUCUGUGGAACCCCUUGACUACAGACUAUGGUUUGCCUCUGAGGCUGGUGAGCGGAGGUGACCGGUGUCAGGGCCGCGUGGAGGUCCUGUACCAAGGCUACUGGGGCACCGUGUGUGACGAUGACUGGGACACCCAGGAUGCAGAUGUUGUCUGUCGGCAGCUCGGCUGUGGCCUUGCGGUGUUGGCCCCAGGCGGGGCCUACUUUGGUCAGGGCUCGGGGAACAUUCUCUUGGGCUCCGUAUACUGCUCAGGAUGGGAGCCCUACCUGUCGAGCUGCUCCCACAGCGGGUGGUACAACCAUGAAUGUGGCCACAGGGAAGACGCUGGAGUUGUGUGCUCAGCUUCUUUGUCUCCCACGGAGGCACCCCUGGCAACAGCUGCGGUAGAAGAUAGCACUACAGAGGAUACUGGGACUACUGGUGCAAUAGCUACUCACACCCAGUCCACAAGCCAGCCAGGCACCUGGCUCCCCAACUCCACACCUGUAACACCAAAUACAGGGAGUGACGCAGGUUUGGCCUUGAGGCUGGUGAAUGGAGGUGACCGGUGUCAGGGCCGCGUGGAGGUCCUGUACCGAGGCUCCUGGGGCACCGUGUGUGACGACGACUGGGACACCAAUGACGCCAACGUGGUGUGCAGGCAACUGGGCUGUGGCUGGGCCGUGUCGGCCCCGGGAAGUGCCCGCUUUGGUCAGGGCUCAGGGCCCAUUGUCCUGGACAACGUGCGCUGCUCCGGGCAUGAGUCCGACCUGUGGCGCUGCCCCCACAACGGCUGGAACUCGCACAACUGUGGCCAUAGUGAGGACGCCAGUGUCAUCUGCUCAGCUGCCCAGUCUCAGCCGACGACCACACCAGAUUGGUGGUAUACAAGUCCUUCCUACAGGAACGAAACAGGUUUGUCCCUGAGGCUGGUGAAUGGAGGUGCCCAGUGUCAGGGCCGCGUGGAGGUUCUGUACCAAGGCUCCUGGGGCACCGUGUGUGACGACGACUGGGACACCAAUGACGCUGACGUGGUGUGCAGGCAGCUGGGCUGUGGCCGCGCCAUGUCGGCCCCGGGAAGUGCCCGCUUUGGCGAGGGCUCAGGGCCCAUUGUCCUGGACAACGUGCGCUGCUCCGGGCAAGAGUCCUACCUGUGGCGCUGCCCCCACAACGGCUGGAACUCGCACAACUGUCGCCAUGGGGAGGACGCCAGUGUCAUCUGCUCAGGGAAUGAGGCAGGUUUGUCCCUGAGGCUGGUGAAUGGAGGUGACCGGUGUCAGGGCCGCGUGGAAGUCCUGUACCAAGGCUCCUGGGGCACCGUGUGUGACGACGACUGGGACAUCAAUGACGCCAACGUGGUGUGCAGGCAGCUGGGCUGUGGCUGGGCCGUGUCGGCCCCGGGAAGUGCCCGCUUUGGUCAGGGCUCAGGGUCCAUUGUCCUGGACGACGUGCGCUGCUCCGGGCAAGAGUCCUACCUGUGGCGCUGCCCCCACAGCGGAUGGACCUUACACAACUGUGGUCAUGGGGAGGACGCCAGUGUCAUCUGUUCAGCUGCCCAGUCCCAGCCCACGACCACACCAGAUUGGUGGUAUACAAGUCCUUCCUACGGGAACGAAACAGGUUUGUCCCUGAGGCUGGUGAAUGGAGGUGCCCAGUGUCAGGGCCGCGUGGAGGUUCUGUACCAAGGCUCCUGGGGCACCGUGUGUGACGACGACUGGGACACCAAUGACGCUGACGUGGUGUGCAGGCAGCUGGGCUGUGGCCGCGCCAUGUCGGCCCCGGGAAGUGCCCGCUUUGGCGAGGGCUCAGGGCCCAUUGUCCUGGACAACGUGCGCUGCUCCGGGCAAGAGUCCUACCUGUGGCGCUGCCCCCACAACGGCUGGAACUCGCACAACUGUCGCCAUGGGGAGGACGCCAGUGUCAUCUGCUCAGGGAAUGAGGCAGGUUUGUCCCUGAGGCUGGUGAAUGGAGGUGACCGGUGUCAGGGCCGCGUGGAAGUCCUGUACCAAGGCUCCUGGGGCACCGUGUGUGACGACGACUGGGACAUCAAUGACGCCAACGUGGUGUGCAGGCAGCUGGGCUGUGGCUGGGCCGUGUCGGCCCCGGGAAGUGCCCGCUUUGGUCAGGGCUCAGGGUCCAUUGUCCUGGACGACGUGCGCUGCUCCGGGCAAGAGUCCUACCUGUGGCGCUGCCCCCACAGCGGAUGGACCUUACACAACUGUGGUCAUGGGGAGGACGCCAGUGUCAUCUGUUCAGCUGCCCAGUCCCAGCCCACGACCACACCAGAUUGGUGGUAUACAAGUCCUUCCUACGGGAACGAAACAGGUUUGUCCCUGAGGCUGGUGAAUGGAGGUGCCCAGUGUCAGGGCCGCGUGGAGGUUCUGUACCAAGGCUCCUGGGGCACCGUGUGUGACGACGACUGGGACACCAAUGACGCUGACGUGGUGUGCAGGCAGCUGGGCUGUGGCCGCGCCAUGUCGGCCCCGGGAAGUGCCCGCUUUGGCGAGGGCUCAGGGCCCAUUGUCCUGGACAACGUGCGCUGCUCCGGGCAAGAGUCCUACCUGUGGCGCUGCCCCCACAACGGCUGGAACUCGCACAACUGUCGCCAUGGGGAGGACGCCAGUGUCAUCUGCUCAGGGAAUGAGGCAGGUUUGUCCCUGAGGCUGGUGAAUGGAGGUGACCGGUGUCAGGGCCGCGUGGAAGUCCUGUACCAAGGCUCCUGGGGCACCGUGUGUGACGACGACUGGGACAUCAAUGACGCCAACGUGGUGUGCAGGCAGCUGGGCUGUGGCUGGGCCGUGUCGGCCCCGGGAAGUGCCCGCUUUGGUCAGGGCUCAGGGUCCAUUGUCCUGGACGACGUGCGCUGCUCCGGGCAAGAGUCCUACCUGUGGCGCUGCCCCCACAGCGGAUGGACCUUACACAACUGUGGUCAUGGGGAGGACGCCAGUGUCAUCUGUUCAGCUGCCCAGUCCCAGCCCACGACCACACCAGAUUGGUGGUAUACAAGUCCUUCCUACGGGAACGAAACAGGUUUGUCCCUGAGGCUGGUGAAUGGAGGUGCCCAGUGUCAGGGCCGCGUGGAGGUUCUGUACCAAGGCUCCUGGGGCACCGUGUGUGACGACGACUGGGACACCAAUGACGCUGACGUGGUGUGCAGGCAGCUGGGCUGUGGCCGCGCCAUGUCGGCCCCGGGAAGUGCCCGCUUUGGCGAGGGCUCAGGGCCCAUUGUCCUGGACAACGUGCGCUGCUCCGGGCAAGAGUCCUACCUGUGGCGCUGCCCCCACAACGGCUGGAACUCGCACAACUGUCGCCAUGGGGAGGACGCCAGUGUCAUCUGCUCAGGGAAUGAGGCAGGUUUGUCCCUGAGGCUGGUGAAUGGAGGUGACCGGUGUCAGGGCCGCGUGGAAGUCCUGUACCAAGGCUCCUGGGGCACCGUGUGUGACGACGACUGGGACAUCAAUGACGCCAACGUGGUGUGCAGGCAGCUGGGCUGUGGCUGGGCCGUGUCGGCCCCGGGAAGUGCCCGCUUUGGUCAGGGCUCAGGGUCCAUUGUCCUGGACGACGUGCGCUGCUCCGGGCAAGAGUCCUACCUGUGGCGCUGCCCCCACAGCGGAUGGACCUUACACAACUGUGGUCAUGGGGAGGACGCCAGUGUCAUCUGUUCAGCUGCCCAGUCCCAGCCCACGACCACACCAGAUUGGUGGUAUACAAGUCCUUCCUACGGGAACGAAACAGGUUUGUCCCUGAGGCUGGUGAAUGGAAGUGACCAGUGUCAGGGCCGCGUGGAGGUCCUGUACCGAGGCUCCUGGGGCACCGUGUGUGACGACGACUGGGACACCAAUGACGCCGACGUGGUGUGCAGGCAGCUGGGCUGUGGCUGGGCCGUGUCAGCCCCGGGAAGUGCCCGCUUUGGCGAGGGCUCAGGGCCCAUUGUCCUGGACAACGUGCGCUGCUCCGGGCAAGAGUCCUACCUGUGGCGCUGCCCCCACAACGGCUGGAACUCGCACAACUGUCGCCAUGGGGAGGACGCCAGUGUCAUCUGCUCAGGGAACGAGGCAGGUUUGUCUCUGAGGCUGGUGAAUGGAGGUGACCGUUGUCAGGGCCGUGUGGAAGUCCUGUACCAAGGCUCCUGGGGCACCGUGUGUGACGACGACUGGGACAUCAAUGAUGCCAACGUGGUGUGCAGGCAGCUGGGCUGUGGCUGGGCCGUGUCGGCCCCGGGAAGUGCCCGCUUUGGUCAGGGCUCAGGGCCCAUUGUCCUGGACAAUGUGCGCUGCUCCGGGCAAGAGUCCUACCUGUGGCGGUGCCCCCACAAUGGCUGGAACUCGCACAACUGUGGCCAUAGUGAGGACGCCAGUGUCAUCUGUUCAGCUGCCCAGUCCCAGCCCACGAUCAGACCAGAUUGGUGGUAUACGACUUCUUUCUAUGGGAAUGAAUCAGGUUUGGCUCUGAGGCUGGUGAAUGGAAGUGACCGGUGUCAGGGCCGCGUGGAGGUCCUGUACCGAGGCUCCUGGGGCACCGUGUGUGACGACGACUGGGACACCAAUGACGCCGACGUGGUGUGCAGGCAGCUGGGCUGUGGCCGGGCCGUGUCGGCCCCGGGAAGUGCCCGCUUUGGCCAGGGCUCAGGGCCCAUUGUCCUGGACAACGUGCGCUGCUCCGGGCAAGAGUCCUACCUGUGGCGCUGCCCCCACAACGGCUGGAACUCGCACAACUGUGGCCACGGGGAGGAUGCCGGUGUCAUCUGCUUAGCCUCCCAGAGCACCUCUACUACCCCAGAUUGGUGGUACCCACAUACUACAACCACUGGGAGACCCUCUUCAAAUUGUGGUGGCUUCUUAUUCAAUGCCAGCGGGACAUUUUUCAGCCCAUCUUACCCUGGAUACUACCCCAACAAUGCUUACUGUGUCUGGGAAAUAGAAGUGAACCCCGGCUAUCGCAUAAAUCUGGGAUUCAACAGUCUGCAGCUGGAGGUGAACAGCAAUUGCAAUUUCGAUUAUGUCGAAAUCUCUGAUGGACCGCUGAACAGCAGUAACUUGCUGGGGAAAAUUUGUAAUGGCACCAGGCAAAUAUUCACCUCUUCUUACAACCGAAUGACCGUUCGAUUUCGAAGUGACAUCAGUAUCCAAAGCACCGGCUUUUCUGCUUGGUAUAACUCCUUUCCUCGAGAUGCCAGCCUGAGAUUAGUCAGUUCAAAUUCCUCCUACGGUGCCUGUGCCGGGCGUGUGGAAAUUUACCACAAUGGCAUAUGGGGGACGGUUUGUGAUGACUCCUGGGACAUUCAGGAUGCCCAAGUGGUCUGCAGACAGCUGCGGUGUGGAUAUGCAGUGUCAGCCCUGGGAAAUGCCCAUUUUGGGCCCGGCUCUGGUCCCAUCACCCUGGACGAUGUGGUGUGCUCCGGGACAGAAUCUACUCUCUGGCAGUGCCGGAACCGAGGCUGGUUCUCCCAUGACUGUGCCCACCGGGAAGAUGCCGGAGUCAUUUGCUCAGGAAGCUACCCAACAACACAGGCUCCUGUUUACAACGUCACCUACCCGAACACAAAUUACUCCUGUGGAGGCUUCCUGUCCCAACCAUCAGGGCACUUUUCCAGCCCGUUCUAUCCUGGAAACUAUCCAAACAAUGCCAAAUGCCUGUGGGACAUCGAGGUCCGAAACAACUACCGUGUGACUGUUGUCUUCAGAGAUGUCCAGCUUGAAGGAGGCUGUAACUACGACUAUAUCGAGGUGUUUGACGGCCCCUCCCACAGCUCGCCUCUGAUUGCCCGCGUUUGUGAUGGAGCCAGGGGCUCCUUCACUUCAUCAUCGAACUUCAUGUCCAUUCGCUUCGUCAGCGAUCGCAGCAUCACAAAGAAGGGCUUCCAGGUCGACUACUAUUCCCGUCCUUCCAAUGACAGCACCCAGCUGCUUUGUCUGCCAAAUCACAUGCAAGCCAGCGUGAGCAGAAGCUACCUCCAAUCCUUGGGCUACUCUGCCCGGGACCUUUUCAUUCCCAGCUGGAAUGAAAGCUACCGGUGUCAGCCCCAGAUAACGGCCAGCCAGGUGACAUUCACAAUUCCAUACUCAGGCUGUGGCACCAUCAAGCAGGCCAAUAAUGAUACCAUCAUCUAUUCCAACUUCCUCGAAGCAGCUGCUUCAAAUGCCAUCAUCAAGAGGCAUAAGGACUUCCGCAUUCAUAUCAGCUGCAGGAUGCUCCAGAACACCUGGAUUGACACCAUGUACAUUGCUAAUGACACCGUCGACAUCAAGGAAGUGCAGUAUAGCAGUUUCAACGUGAACCUUUCCUUUUAUACAUCAUCUUCAUUUUUGUAUCCUGUGACCAGCAGUCCGUACUAUGUGGACCUGAACCAGAACUUGUACCUUCAAGCUGAGAUCCUCCAUUCUGAUGCCUCCUUGGCCUUAUUUGUGGAUACCUGUGUGGCGUCCCCAUAUUCCAAUGACUUCACAUCUUUGACUUACGAUCUUAUCCGGAGUGGGUGUGCCAAGGACAGAACCUACCAAUCUUACUCUCCGCCCUCGCCUCGCAUUGCCCGCUUCAAAUUCAGUUCCUUCUACUUCCUGAAGCGCUUCCCCUCCGUGUACCUGCGGUGUAAAAUGGUGGUGUGCCGGGCGGACGACUACUUCUCCCGCUGCCGCAGAGGCUGCAUCGUGAGGUCCAAGAGGGACGUGGGCUCCUACCAGGAGAAGGUGGACGUCGUCCUGGGACCCAUUCAGCUGCAGGCCCCGCAGGCUGUGAAGAGGAGCCUGGCCAGGUGGCCGCCCUCCCGCCCCUAGGCCUGUGGCCCGCAGGGACCCGGAUGAUUCUGUCGGUGUCGUGGUCCACCUCAAAUCGGGCACCCACUGUGUGCCAGGCCUGCCGUGCCACACCGGGUGAUGCAGAGUUCACUAGAUCUGCUUCCUGCCUUCUUCCGUGGGCUCCCGGUCUACAGGGGACCAUGUGUAAUGCUUGGGCAAGAGAGUUCUCCCCCGUGACACCGAUACCUUUGUCCUCUGGGAUCUGAACUCCCAGAACCUCAUACUCCUCAUCUGUAACACAAAAAUGUUAAUACUUCCCUGUUAGGACUGUUGAGGAGCUACAAUAAAAUAAUGUUAAACUGC